AGACAAUUAAUUUUUACUUACCAUCUUAAUCAAUUAUUUUUACAAAAAACGUAACAUUUGAUAUCGCGUGCUGAAAUGCAUAAUAAUAAGUAAGAUUGAAGUUAAUUUUCUGGCUAAGUUAGCUGAAAUUGCCAACGAGGACAACUCUGCCUACUUUUUCGUUAUUUUAUUAAUAAAUUAUAUUCUAAAUAUCAUUUUUCAUCACUCAACAGAUUCAAUCUAUUCAACCGCUUCAGAGUUCACACAUGCACAGUUUCACCAAAUUCGGUAUAUUCAAUUAAUUUAGUCAAUUUCAAUGUUAUCAAACAGACUCUGUAUUUAAUCGUUUUGAGUAUAUGAUAUUUCAUUCUUACUUAUUUUAUUUCCUCUUUAGCAUUUUUCAAAGAGGAAAUGAAGCGACAAAAGGUACCUGUUUAUUUUUAUAUCGGCGACAAAAGGUACCUGUUAAUUUUUAAUCAUGUCUUGGAUAUGAAGCGUGUGAUUCAGGAAGGUCCCUGGCUCUUUGAGCGUGAUUUGAUAUUACUAAAACUGUUCAGCCUGAUGACAUACCUGAAUCAAUGAAUCUGUAUGAGGCUAGUUUCUGGGUACAGGUUCAUAAUGCUCCUAUAAAAUAUAGGAAUUUGAGAUCUGCUAGGAGAAUUGGUAACUUUUUGGGUUCAUUUAUAAAAUUUAAGAUGAGCCAAUUUGAUGGAAGACAGGCUUCUUAUUUGCGAAUUAGGGUUUCUUUGGAUGUUCGUCAACCUUUGAAAGAAGGUACCAAUUUGACACAGGAUGGAGUUAAACACUGGGUAGAUUUUAAGUAUGAGAAACUACCAAGCUUUUGUUUCAUUUGUGGCAUUAUUGGCCAUUCUGAUAAAUUAUGCCCGUUGAAGUAUGAGGAGGGAUUUGUCGCUGAGAAGACAUAUGGAGUGGAGCUUCGAGCUGGAGGAAGGGUGAAGACCAGUCCUACAGGAUCUUACAAAUGGACAUCUGCAGGAGCUUCUAGUUCAGAAGGGUAUGGGGACCAGUGGAAAUCUGAAUCUGGAGGAGAGUACUCGGCGGAGUCCAAGGGCAUGAAACCGGCAUUGUUUGAGAGCAUUGAAGAGGAAGAGAUGCUUGGGGAGCUUAAACGCAGGAGGACCGGGGAUGUUCAACCCGGGAAAGGUGCCACUGGUGAAGAUAUGGUCAUGGAUAGGGCAAAAAACGGAGAGGAGGCGAGUCUGGUUCCCUAGACCCGCCGUGGCUGCAGUGGAGGGCGGUGGGAAAGAAAACUAGCUUUGGCAUCUUUAUUUUCUUCUAUUUUGAUUUAUUUUACCCGAAUUGCUCUGUUAUGUUUUUUUGUUAUGCGUUUAUUCUAUGUAAGACUUUCGCAUUAAGGUUGGGGGAGGAAGAGGCUGCGGUAACCGUCAUUAGCUCUUUGAUGCCCAAAAUUGGUCUAGCGACUUAUAUUGCUUUUGCACAGGUGGUUAGCUCUCAGUUUCGGCCACGGGCGGAUGGUUAUUUGUGGUUCUUUUCUAGUUUUAUCCUCUUGCUGAAUGCCAUUUUUAUGAAUUAAGCCUUCUUCG